AUGAAUUUCUCGAUUUUAUUCACUUUCCUUUUUCUGGUCUUUAAAACUUUCGUACAUGGAAGCGAAGAUAGUAGUAACGUCGUUGUUUUAGAUUCCAGCAAUUUUGAUGAGAUAGUUGGCCAAGAUAAAUUUGUAUUAGUGGAAUUUUACGCACCGUGGUGUGGUCAUUGUAAAACUUUGGCACCCGUGAAUGAUCAUAAGGAUUUAGGAACACGUUUUGAAAUUAAAGGAUUUCCUACUUUGAAAUGGUUCGAUAAGAAUUCACUUGCUCCCGAAGAUUAUAAUGAAGGCCGCGAUUUAGAAUCUUUAUCUGCUUUUAUAGAAAAAAAAACUGGUAUCAAUUCAAAAAUAAAGAAAGAAAUUUCUGCUGUAACAGUUCUUACUUCUCAAUCAUUCGAUGAAAUUGUUAUGGAUCCUGAAAAAUGUGCAUUGGUUGAAUUUUAUGCACCCUGGUGUGGUCACUGCAAAACUUUGGCGCCAAUAUAUGAAAAAGUUGCCAAAGAUUUUGCUCAAGAACCUGAUGUCGUUGUGGCUAAUCUUGAUGCAACUGCGCACACUUCCAUAGGUGAAAAAUAUGAAAUUAAGGGAUAUCCCACUAUUAAAUAUUUCCCCAAGGGUGAAGAUAAAACACCCGUUGAGUAUAAUGGUGGAAGAACCGAAAAAGAUUUUGUUGACUUUUUGAAUAAAAAUUGCGAGAAACAUCGUCUCGUGGGUGGUGGAUUGACUGAAAAUGCUGGAAAGAUACCUGAUUUAGAUGUUCUAGCAGUUAAAUUUGUCAAAACCACGACAUUAAAAGAAAAGGAAAUGGUGAUCGAAGAAUCGAAAUUAAUUGCAGAUAAAUUUGAUACACGGUUUUAUUAUGUAAAGGUUAUGAAUAAAAUCAAAGGAAAGGAAGAUUAUGCGGAUAACGAAAUUACUCGAUUAGAAAAGAUAAUUGAAUCCGGCACUAUAUCCGAAGCCAAAAUUGACGAUUUCACAAUUCGUAGAAACAUUCUUUCGAGUUUCCAUAAAGACUUUGUACCACGUGAUGAACUGUGGGAGGUUAAAUCCGAAAGUUCUAAUAGAAAUUUGAAAAAUGCUUUCAAUUUUGUUGAAGAAUAUGUAACUGAAAAUUUCGGUAUACAUCAAGUUUGUCAGAUCAUUGUAAUAACUGAUGGGAGAUCACCUCAAGAGAAAAAUGGAUUUAAAUUUCGGAAUCCAAAUUGGAGAUUACAUAUUGUUUGUUUUGGGGAUGAAAUUAAAAGAGAUAGAGAUUCAUUAAAAACCAAUCAAAUGUUACAACAAUAUAAAAAAUUACUUAAUCGACGUUUACCAUAUAAAAUAACUAAAAAUCACCCUAAUGGUGAUGUGUUGUAUGAAAAUGAAGGAGUAUUUUAUUUUAUAGCAUAUCCACAGACUAAAGAUAAAAUAUUUAAUGCUAUGGAUUCAAUUAGUGAAAAAUAUUUUUAUCCAUAUAAGGGUACGCUAUUGUGUGGACGUAUGUCUUUUCCCAUUAUAAUAUAUCCAAGUAUUUAUACUAUUGAUGAUGGAGAAAAUGUUCAGGAAUUAGUUAAAAUUAUGUCUAUCAUAGGAUUUACAUCAAAAUCAUCAUUGCAUGGGAUAGCCACGAGAUUUCUAGCAUUCAUUUGGUUACCGAAUGAUACUUAUGCGGCAAUAGAAGCAGCAACACCAUCGAUACCAGAGAAUCAAAUUAAUCAAAUCGAUACAAUAACGACUUCUUCUGAUUUUUAUUUUACCUUGUUUUCAAAGGAUAAUAAUGCAAGAGAUUUGUUAAAACAAUCUUCAAUACCUGGAAAUCUAUCUAACAAGAGUUAUUUAUCUGAUAACAUUGAAUUACCUAAACCCGAAAAUAUUGAGGCUUUAGUUAAAAAAAUUACGCGAUACGUCGGUAAUUUACCAAAGGAUGCAAACAAGUUAACAACAACUGUCCAACAGAUAUCAAAAAUAACGGAUAUCUUUUACUAUACAUCUCUUCGAGAAAAAGUUAUUGAAACACUACAAGAUUUUCGAAUCCAAUCACCAGAAGCCGAGAACCGAGAAAUCCUUUCUCAGUGUUUACAAAUUUUAGAAGCCAAGGAAAGGAGAAAUAAAAAAGUCACUGUUACUAAUGUUACCAAUAUUCCCAAUAAUUCCAAUAAUAGUUCAAACAAAGUUAUAAAUAAUUUUGAAGAAAAAUUCCAAGAUAAUAAUAAAAAUAAUAAUAUACCAAAAGAAACGGUUAUAUAUGUUGAUGCAGUAUCAUCAAUUGAUUCUCAAGAUAAUAAAAAUAUUUCUCGAAUUAUUGAUAAUAGUAAAUUUUCUCUAGAAAUAACCAAUGUAUCCAAUGAUAUUAAAGAUGAAACAUCAACAACAAUUUAUACCACACCUAAAGAUCUUUUAAAAAAUCAAAAUGUUUGGCGUCAAAAAAUAAGAGCAGAACGGGAAGCCGAUUUAAAAAAAUUACAAGAAACUUCGGGAAUUUUAUCAUUAUCAUCUACAAAAUGUAUGAUACCACCUGAUUAUAGAGGAUUAAAACGAGAAAGAGGAAUUGAGAAAUUUAAUUUAUUACAAAAACGAAAACGACAAGAAAGAUUAAAUCAUUUAAUUGAUUUAUAUCAUCGUACAUCAAGUUUUGUAACAUUAAAUAAUUUAGAUUCUAAAAUUGAUGAAGCUUUUAAUAAAACACAACGAGUUUACACGAAUACAUUAGAUGAUAUGCAAAUGGAUUAUAAUGAAAUGGGAGGUGGAGUUAGUGAUGAAGAAGUAUUAAAAAGAUUAAAUCAAAUUUAUGAUAUAUUAGAAGGAACUUCACAUGGAAAAAAAUAUCCUGGAUCAGAUCAAAUCAUAAAACCCAACCCUCCUCCUGAUUCUCUUGGUUCUAAUUCUAAAGAUAAAGAGUAUGAAAAUAAGGUAAAAGUUGAAGAAAUAGAGAAAAUUGAUGAGGAAACAGAUUUGGGAUUACUUUCUUUGUUAAAAGAUGAUGAAAUUGAUAAAACUUAUAAAAUUGACAAAAUUGAUUGA